CUUUCAGCUUCCUGGUUCCACACUGUCUAUGGUGCUAAGCUUUUCUGCAUACAAGCCCAGAGGCCUUCAAGCUAAUCAUUGUAGAUGGCGAGUGGACAGCUGUCGAGGGCCGAGGCGUUGGCGUGCUCAGGCUGCAGGCAUGCAUGCCACGUGAUGCUCUACUGUGACACGAAAAGUCAGCUGUUUGGGAGACUUCCUAUCAGACAUAUCAUACUGAUGCAAAUGCGCUUUGACGGUCUGCUGGGUUUCCCUGGAGGGUAUGUCAAACCAUCGGAGGAAACCCUGGAGGCGGGGCUUAGCAGGGAGUUGUUGGAGGAGCUGGGUGUAGCUCUUCCUAUGUUGGUAGAAGAUCAUGUGGCCUCUUGCUAUGCCCUUGCUUCCUCACACUCCUCCUCCUCCUCUCCAUUCUCCCGUCUGAUCACUCACUUUUACGUGAAGAAGAUGGAGGAGGAGCAGAUUAGGGAGGUGGAGAGAGCGGCUGCAUCCAUUGCAACAGAUCAUGGACAGGAGGUUCUAGGAAUGGUCAGAGUCCCUCUGUACCACAACGAAAGCGGGGGAGGCCUCGCGGUCUUCCUGUCGCACUCGUUCAUCGGUAAUGCUCGCUCCCAGCUGACCGACUCUCUUGCGUCUCAACCUGUCUCCCCUGAGGAGUUGCAUAAAGCCCUCACACACUCUCUGAAGAUACACACCCACACCGCAGAGGACCUGCAGGUGGCCUUUGUGCUAACAGAGGCAAAGAGGAAACAGUUUUGAAACACAUCUGCACCAGCACAUCCUCUCCAGCACACACAUAGAUACAGUUUGCCUAUUAGCAAUGUUCAACACAAUCCUUGCUCACACACUUAAUCCUACACACACACACACACACACACAC